GUACAAAUUUGUACUACACUACAGUGAUACAUUCAUUACGUGUGAAUUUCUAUGUGUAUGAUGCUUUAAAAUGAACAAAUACUUAAUAAUUUGAACAUAAUUUACGCAAGAAAAUUUGAAGAAAAAUCUAACGCAAUAUAGUAUCCUACGCUAAGAAUAUUUGCUAACGCUCCUGUGAAGUUUCCAAGCUGUAUAAAUAAUAACAUUAAUAUUUGUUAAAAUGAAUAAUGUGAUCAGAAGACAAAUUUUGUCUGGAUUAUUCGCCGCACGUUUUCAACAAAUCGGUCGCAAAUUAUCAGCAAAUGUUGAAGCUGAACCAGAUACUACUGGUGGUGCCCCAGAAGUUGAACAGAUUUUGUUAGAUCCAUUGUCGCAUCCAGACUUUUUUAAAGUCCAUGGUUUAUUUACAAUCGAAGAUUUAUUUAUGGCUAGAGUACAUUUUGGUCAUAAAGUAGGAUCUUUGGAUGAUCAUAUGCGACCAUUUAUAUUUGGAUCCAGAUUAGGUCAUCUAAUAUUUGAUUUAGACCAGACAGUCGAGCAUUUACAACAAGCUUUAAAUUUUGCAGCACAUGUAGCAUUUAGAAAUGGACUUAUUUUAUUUAUCGCAAAGGCUCCUCACAUUGCAAACAUGGUAGAAAACACUGCUAAAGAGUGUGGAGAAUAUGCUCAUACCAGGCAUUGGAGACAGGGAAUAUUUACCAAUGCCAAACAUGAGUUUGGAAUGGUUACUAGAUUGCCAGAUCUAUGCAUAUUCCUCAAUACUAUGGAAUCGGUUGUUGACCAGCAUAGCGCGGUAACUCAUGCAGCUAAAAUGGCUAUUCCGACAAUUGGUAUUGUGGACACAAAUUGUAAUCCAAACUUGAUAACAUAUCCAGUUCCUGGAAACGAUGACACACCAUGUGCUAUAGAGUUGUAUUGUAACUUAUUUAAAAGUGCUAUAAUGAGGGGGAAAGUUGGUAGAAAAGUAAUUGAAAAGGUAACGCAGAAAUAAUUUGUCGUAUAAUAUUAUAGACCUAAUAGAGUUUUUAUGUUGAAAGAGAUUAAACGUUAUUUCUAUUAAAUUGGGUUUCUGUCUUUAUUUAAAAAUAUGUAACAAAAAUGGACGAAGCAUUUCAUAAACAUUUCACAAGUCUCACAAUUAUUCUUCCUGUUGGAUCGUUGGUUUAUCGUCCCGUAGACGUUGGAAAAAUCUUGUUCCCAGUGAUUUUAAUAUCCUACAAAAAUAAGAAAUAAUUAAAUAAUAAAUAACGUUGUUACAUUGAAAA